CGAAUGUGGAAUACGAACGAUGAGUAUGAAGCUGGACAAUUGGGAUGGAGAGACGAGCCGUCUCCAUCAGUGGAGGUCCAAACAUCCAGCGCCGCGAAAAUGCAGUUCGACCAAGAUUACUUCACUAUCGAUCAUAUCAAGCGACAACUGACGCAGUUAGCACGGGAUUUGAGCAGGAUUGGUGAGAGGAGAGCAAGGGAUGAGCACCGCCUACAACAACUGGAGGCCCUCGAUAUCCUCUUGAGCAGGGCGAAGGGUCGGGCGCACGAAUCCGAUCAAGGGCAGUGUGGUUUCGAUUAUCGAUUACUGAUGGAUGAUGACAGACUAGAAGAGUGGCUAGAAGCUGGUGGCAGACAUGAUUUGUAUUAUCCGGAAGACGAGGACAUUCAGGGUGUGUGAUUUCGUGCAGUCGCAAUUCAACCACACGCUGAUGAGGGGGCAUCUGAAUUCGUGCGAUAGGUGGGAGGAACUAAAAGAGGGGGAUUUCGAGUUGGAGCGUAGAGGACUGGCAAGUCAAUUCAAGUGACCUCAUUUAUCAACCUCACCUUAACUACGACGUCUCUGCCUUAGUAUCAGAAUUUGGAGGGUUUGUCCAAACACGAACGUCAUAUCCGGAAAGAUAUGGAGAAACAUGAAAGCUACCUUCACGCCCGCGAGAUAGCUGCUGCAGCGUGGACAAAACGCGAAAAACGUGGGGGGAUGGUACCAGGAUAAUGGAGACCUUGCACUUUUGACGAGGAUCAGGACAAACAAAAAAUCAUAGUGAAUUUUAAAUAAUAAAGUGAUUUUGUAGGUAGCAUCUGAAUGGGAAACAUUAGUCUUAUAUACGAGUUUACGCUUUGGAACAACCCUCGCUGCUUCCUGCGGCGAGACAUCUAGAGUGGCACAGAUUCAAU